GGACCGAGACUCGCGACCGGUCUUAUCACCUACUCACCGGCAUUCGCAUCGCACUCAGCCGCCGCGCGCGCUCUGCGACGGACGUCUUACGCUUAGUGUUGUCGAACGCUCGACCAGUGACUUGUGAUUGUGAGUGAACCCGAACCGACACCAGUGUUAACACGUGCCGCGCACUGCGCAUCCGUGCUAUAUUUUUAUUGGUUGGAGUUUUCAGUACGCAGCCGUUUCACGUUUAUUAAAAAGCAAAACGGCUGAUCUGUCAAAAAUUGUAAACAGAACACACGUGCCGACUCGCAACACGCGAGAGGCCAAAAUGACGACAAAAGGAAAGCGUCCUAUGCGCGCACUCACCCCAGGGGAUAAAAUUGAGGCAAUACAGCGUGUCAAUGAUGGCGAAUCAAAAGCAUCUGUUGCACGCGACAUUGGCGUGCCGGAGUCUACUCUCCGCGGCUGGUGCAAGAAUGAAGACAAACUACGCUACAUGUCCUCUCGCAUGUCUUCACCAGAUACGGACAAAAGUAACGACGGAGAGACUCCCGAAAAGCGAGCACGCACCGAAUCUCCAGCUGCUGCACCGCGUUCACCUGCCGCGACUGGUCUCGAUCUUUCCAACCCAGCCGUUGUAACACACAGCGCCCCACCACCGACCGCGCCGACCGACUCGCCGGUUGAACUUACAACCAAACGAAAUGAUCCUCCUCCACCGCAACACACGACCCGUGAGCGUCGCCCAGAUCCAGGCGCGAGUGUCUCAAUGAGCGCUAUUAGUCCUUUAUCAGGGCUCAGUCACUUGCCUGGACUUGCACACUCACAUUUAGGAUCGAGUUUCAGUGAAAUUGCAACUAAUCUUACACUACUUGCGCAACUCAAUCCAGGCUUGGCCGCAUUAGCAUCUCAACCCGCGAGCCGUGCGUUACGAUCUGUGCGAACCCCUAAACCGGCACACAACGGCAUGCUCAAUUUAAAUGAGACAAGGCAUCGCAGCAGAUCAAACCACACGUCAGAUCUCUACAGGCACAGUAGUUCAAAAUCGAGUCAGCCUGGUAGUUCUCAAGCAUCGUCUAGUCAACCAGUAGAUGAGACAUUGUGGUAUUGGCUAAAGACUCAACAAGCUAUGCUUGACUUGACACAAACGGCAGCGACGUAUCCGCUUCAAAUAGGGAAAGCCAGCGACCCGACCUUACAAACGAAACCAGUCGCUCCCGCAUCUGUUGUCCCUGCACAUUUAGAUUACAACAGAAGUUCAUGGCUAUGGCAAUAUUACAAACAAUUCGGCGGUGCAAUGCCUUUGCCCGAAGAUAAAUUAAGGUCCGCUUCACAAGUGCCAAAAGACCAAUCCGCCGAUAACAUACUUUAUUCACACUUAACUAAGGGGAAGACUGAGAAUAGCAGAGCAUCAAGUAGCCCCGUACAAAACCAAUCACUAACAGCAGAAGUUUGCCAAACUAUUACUUCACCUCGAGAACCAUGCGUAGCCGAGCCACCUAUAAGUCCAGAAGUCGAAGUCGAAAAUAAGGAACCCGCUACAGAAAAACCUAUCGACAGUGGCAGAAGUCAGACUAAAGUAAGAAAUGUUUUGGACAACCUGCUGUUCAACAGUGGCAAUCAGGCGUCAGCGGAAGAAAUUAAGACCAUUGGGUCUACAAACGGCGAAAGGGAAUUGUGCACCGCAGAGGCGCUCGAGCACGGUGACAAGUUCCUCGCAUGGCUGGAGGCCAGCAGCGACCCCAGCGUGACCCGCAUGCACGUCCACCAACUGCGCUGCUUGCUGCACAACCUGCGCACGCGCCGCGCCGUGCCCGCCGCGCCCACCGAGACACCGCGACGCAAAUAAUCGCCCGGGAAUAUCGCGUUUGCUACAGGGAAUAUUUCAAUUACGUGUAAAUGUUCGUGUGAUGUAAAAGACGCCAGUAAUAAUAAGUAAGCAGUCAGUAAGUCUCUUGUGAUAUGUGUAGCCAAAUUUGCGUAUUUUCUUUGUUCUAAAAGGAAAGCUAUGCAUUGUAUCUUUUAAUUUUAGUCUCUAUUUAGAAAAUAAGGUUUAAAGUCAGUCGCUGUUCUCUUUAAAGCUUUUUCGAGUGACUGUGACUAUAUAAUAGUUAAUCUAUUUUCGAGUUUAUAUCUAAAUUAAGACCAACUUCACCAGUUGCUAAUAAAGUUUUAGAUAGUUAUCUGAUACAUAAAAUUAUCUGACAGAACAGUUUCUUGUUUUUUUUUUUUUCAACAAUAAUACUCCACAUUGUCUGUCAGAUAUAUCAAUUUGCAACCUUAAGUUCUGGUUUUUGUCAAACCAAGUAUAGACCGAUAGGCUAUCGGAUACUUUAUCGGCAGGAGGUGAAACAGGCCCUUAAUGUGACACACAAAUACGAUUAUAUAGUUAUCUUUGUAAAUGAAUGUUAUUGAUCGACAGACACCUUACUUUUCGAUGCACGCAAAUUGUUACGUGAUUAGUCUAAUUGUAAUUAGAACCGCUGUACUCGUAUGUCGCAAUUCAAUUAUUACAUUCCUAGCUGAACCCUAUUAACUAGACGAACCCUAUGUUCUACCUCAAGUCAAGCAUGGCUAAUGCUAAGUCACGGCGUCUUUCAAUAGCCGCCGAUACCGCGAGCACGCUCGUCAAUCGGCGUUCCGAUGGAUGUCGUGCAUCAUACCAAAUAUUGAAAGGAUGCGUUCUUGUGUGCCAAUCAUGCGGACAAGGUAUAUUGUUAAGAUAAUUUAUGAACAAUGUGUUAGAGAUAGAUAUUCGUGUAAUUGUUUUCUAUUGCUCAGUAUUUUAUAUUGUAGACAUUGUCUAUGUCUCGACUCGGAAUUGUACUAUAUGUUAAAGUUAACAUUUAAGAACUCUGUGAUCAAAAUUAUAAAUUAUUGAGAGAUUAUUAAUAAUAUAAGUACAUUCCUAAUUAACAGAGUGUAUUAUUGUAAUGUUAUGAUAAUUGUCCAAUGAUUUAACGGUUGUCUGACAGGUGCCAAGUGGCAACUUAGCAAACUUUAAAAUUCCUUUUCACUGAAGUUAGUAAAGUUUAUUUGCCUUUCGUGUUACAUAUUAGCUCCUCUGACAAAUUGUUUCAGAAAAUAUUUUGUACAAAAUACAAAAUGGAAUUAAUAUGAUACUACUCUUACACAAAAUGUAUUGUUCUAAAAAAAUGUUAAAAAAUAAAAUUUGAUUGAAGUA